AUGAGGAAGGUUAUUAUGGUCAACGACACUCAUUUAUACGGUAAGUACGAGGGCGUGAUGCUAAGCAUAGUUGCACAGGAUAUGGAGAACCAUAUUUAUCCCAUUGCUUUUUGUGUCGUUGACAAGGAGAACAAUGUAUCUUGGACGUUCUUCUUUGAGAAGCUGAAGUUUAUUAUGGUUGAUAGACUAGAUUUGUGCUUUAUCUCCGAUAGGUACAAGAGCAUCGCCAACGGCAUUGCGAAGGCAUACAACCAUGCUCAUCACAGGUACUGUAUGAGGCACCUAGGUGAAAAUCUUUGGGUAAAUCACCACUGCGGAGAGCACCUCUAUCUAUUCUACAAUGCGGCAAAGGCAUAUUCUCCCAAGGAGUUUAGCGACCAUUUUAUGGAAUUCAAGAACUACUAUCCUGAGGUAGCCUUUUUCCUCGAGCAUGAGCUUGGUUUUGAGAAAUGGAGCAGGGCAUAUUUCCUUAGCAAUAGGUUUGACGUAAUGACCACAAAUAUUGUCAAGUCGGUGAAUGCUAUAUUAAUUUAUGAAAGGGAGUACCACGUGGCAUCCAUAUUCAAUUCGAUUGCCAAAAGGUUUGGUGAAAUAUUCAGGGAAAGGCGUGCCUACGUCCUCAAAUAUAAGGAUAACAAAUUUGUUCCCACAACCGAAAAAAUCUUAAGAGACAAUAUGAGUGAGGGCGACUCCUUCUAUGUGGAGAACAUAAGUAGGGACGAAAGGCAAUACACAGUGUUCAGAAGUGGUUGUACAGCCAAAGUCGACCUACUGGAAAGGCCGUGUUCUUGCAGGAAGUUUGACCUGGUCAAAAUACCAUGUGAUCACGCGAUGGCCGCUUUGCGAUUGAAGCACGGUGAAGAUUAUGGUUUAAGAGUCUAUGAUUACUCUUCUCCCCUAUAUAAAGUAGAAGAGUACCUCCUUGCGUAUUCAGAAUCAAUUAAUGUUGUCCCUUUGGAGUCCGAAUGA